AUUUCUCCAUGGACAAUGGCAGCUACAAUUCAGGCCAUGGAGAGGAAGAUUGAAUCACAGGCUGCUCGACUGCUUUCUCUAGAAGGUCGAACUGGGAUGGCAGAGAAGAAGCUGGCUGAUUGUGAGAAGACAGCUGUGGAGUUCAGCAACCAGCUGGAGGGCAAGUGGGCUGUGCUGGGGACCCUGCUGCAGGAGUACGGACUGCUACAGCGGCGGCUGGAGAACGUGGAGAACUUGCUACGCAACCGGAACUUCUGGAUUCUGAGGCUUCCCCCUGGCAGCAAGGGCGAGGUCCCCAAGGAGUGGGGCAAACUAGAGGACUGGCAGAAGGAGCUCUACAAGCACGUGAUGAGGGGCAACUAUGAGACGCUGGUCUCCCUGGACUAUGCCAUCUCCAAACCUGAGGUCCUCUCCCAGAUUGAACAAGGCAAGGAGCCAUGCACUUGGCGUCGCACCGGCCCCAAGGUCCCAGAGGUUCCUGUGGACCCAAGUCCAGGCUCUGGAGCUCCAGUUCCUGCCCCUGACCUCCUGAUGCAGAUCAAGCAGGAGGGGGAGCUCCAGCUGCAAGAGCAGCAGGCUCUAGGUGUGGAAGCCUGGGCAGCUGGACAGCCAGAUAUUGGGGAAGAGCCCUGGGGCCUCAGCCAGUUGGACUCUGGGGCAGGAGACAUCUCCACAGAUGCUACCUCUGGUGUCCAUUCCAACUUUACAACCACCAUCCCGCCCACUUCCUGGCAAGCAGACCUCCCUCCCCACCACCCCUCUUCAGCAUGCUCAGAUGGGACACUGAAGCUCAACACAGCAGCAUCCACAGAAGCAGACGUAAAAAUUGUUAUCAAAACAGAAGUCCAGGAAGAGGAAGUGGUGGCAACACCUGUGCAUGCCACCGACAUAGAGGCUCAUGGGACUCUGUUUGCACCAGGCCAAGCAGCAAGAUUCUUUCCUAGCCCUGUCCAGGAAGGAGCUUGGGAAAGCCAAGGCAGCUCCUUCCCCAACCAGGACCCAGUGCUGGGCCUGCGGGAGCCCACUCGGCCAGAGAGGGACAUUGGUGAGCUCAGUCCUGCCAUAGCACAGGAGGAGUCCCCAGCCGGGGAUUGGCUCUUCAGUGGCGUCAGGUGGGGCUGGAAUUUCCGGUGUAAACCUCCAGUGGGCCUGAACCCGAGGACGGUUCCCGAGGGGCUCCCUUUCUCCUCUCCUGAUAGUGGAGAUACCAUCUUAGACCCCAGCCAGGCCCCAAGACCCUUCAACGAUCCCUGCAAAUACCCCGGCCGGACAAAAGGCUUUGGCCACAAGCCGGGGCAGAAGAAGCACCCAGCAGCGCCGCCCGGAGGCCGGCCCUUCACCUGUGCCACGUGCGGAAAGAGCUUCCAGCUGCAGGUGAGCCUGAGUGCGCACCAGCGCAGCUGUGGACUGUCCGACGGGGCCGGCACAGGGGCAGCUUCCACCACUACUGGAGGCGGGAGUGGCAGUGGAGGCGGGGGCAGCGCACGGGACAGUAGCGCCCUGCGGUGCGGGGAGUGUGGCCGCUGUUUCACACGCCCCGCACACCUCAUCCGCCACCGCAUGCUGCACACGGGCGAGCGCCCCUUUCCCUGCACCGAGUGUGAGAAGCGCUUCACAGAGCGCUCCAAGCUCAUCGACCACUACCGAACGCACACGGGCGUGCGGCCCUUCACCUGCACAGUGUGUGGCAAGAGCUUCAUCCGCAAGGACCACCUCCGGAAGCACCAGCGCAACCACCCGGCAGUGGCCAAGGCACCCACUCAUGGGCAGCCGCUCCCACCACUGCCAGUUCCUCCCGACCCCUUCAAGAGCCCCGCAGCCAAAGGACCCAUGGCCUCCACAGACCUUGUGACUGACUGGACUUGUGGCCUAAGUGUCCUGGGACCCACUGAUGGUAGUGGGGACCUGUGAGGACCCCCAACCCUCCUGUGGCCCCUGCAAGCCACAAAUGUACAAAGCCCCGUGUGCAGACAUCAGGGUGGCCUGAAAGCUCAGAAGCAAAAAGGGAGACUUGGCAGAGAGCCAAAUUUCCAUGUUGCUGAACUGAUCACUGGAAAGAAACUCAAUGCAGCCUCCACCUUAAAGAGUGUAGGAUUCCGACUGUGAGACUGAACACCUUAGUAGGACCUUAAGUAACUUAAUUACAAACCCAUUUUUUAUUGUUUUUUUCUCUUUAAUUCUUGAGGGAAAAGAUGGAAAACAGCAACACCAGUUGAAGUUCUGGAGUGUACUUGUGGCUUUCAGGGAUGUGUCAUCUUGUUUAAGUUUGGAAAAGUGGUCAGUGGCAAGAGUAGGCCAGGUCACUCACGGCCUUGGGCCACACAGCCCUAUGGCAGGUGAGUUCCUGUUCUAUACAGGCUGCUGGUCUAGACCUUAGGCCCUGGGUUAUGAGGGCACUGAGGCCUAGACUGACAGCUUCCACUCGGCAGUAAGGACGCCACUAGAAGCAGCCCUUACCUUCUGAAAAGAUGCCUAAAGCCCAGACCUGACUUUCCCCUGUUUUGAGCCAUCUGUGGUACGGUCUAAGGUGGUACUUCCACUGUAGUAGUGUUAGGUCUGGAGGGUGCUGGGGCCUCGAACAUGAAGUCACAGAAAGCCAGGGCCAUCCAUCUUGGGGCGUGUUCUGUUGACUGCCCAGUGUGUAGUCUGUUCAUUUUCAAAGUGGUUCCACCUCACAUUGCAUUUCCUUACCAUGGCUUUGGGAAGCAGCUAGACAGGUGUUUCUUUUGAGAGAAGAAAUAAAGGGCUCAAAGGGGACACAGCCUCUCACCACGAGUGCUGUGUGUUCCAGGAACUUGGAAGAGCAUCACUGAGCCCCAGCACUCGUGGACCAUCAGUUGAGGGGAGGAAAGGGUUUGAGGUCUUGCCCUCUUAAGAAGAUUUGUCCCACACAAAUGGAUCAGAUCAUCAAGAGCUGCCUUGGCAGCUCAAGCUGGCACCCCCACCCCCGUGUGUUUCCGCGUCACUAGGCACUUGGAGGUAAUUGGAAUGCCAGGCAACUGGGUAAGUGGCUUUCUCAGGCUGGCCUGGAAUAUCUUCAUAGUGGGAUUAGAGCUAGGUCCAAGUUUCUGUCAUAACAGUGCUGUCCCUCCACACACAGCCAUUCCCAUUUUGUUAAAGUAGCCACUGGUCCUCUUGCCCAAAUGGGUGAUGACUCCCUGAGAGGGCAGAGACCAUGGUGCCCAUUCAGCUCCCUCCUGCGUACUUUUAUUAGAAAUAGACUAGUUAAGAAGAUUGUUUCUAUGUACUGUAUAUUUUGUACCUGUUUACACUUCUAAUAUUGAUAUAACUGAUAUUUUGGAAAACAAAUGAACAGAAAACAUCCUGUUAAAAAUAAAACCUAACCAGCACCAAG